UCCAUGCACAAAUAUUGUGCCCUGACGGCCUCGUGCAUCCAAGCGUGUGUCAAACAAUCAGCAACGCCCCCUUUCAGUUCGUCACAUGCAUCACACACUAGCCUCCCACAUCACUACAUCAUUCCAAGCAAGCCAGCUGGACAAAUCCAGCAGUGACAGCAACAGAGUGCUUCAGCGUGAUGAUGCCGCGGCGAACCUCCUCCUCCUCCUCCUCCUCCUCCUCCUCCUCGCGCUUGGUGGUGGUGUUGACCACCACGUGCACCCUACUGUUGGCUGUCUGGCAGUGGGACACGUGCAGCAGCGAGGUUGUGCUGGAGGAAGAUGGCUCAGGCACCUUCCACAUCAACACCACCGAUUCCCAGCCCGUGUUUGUGAACGGCAUCAACGUUGAUGAGAUGUUCCAGGCCAUCUACCAAAACCAGCUCAGCAUCCAACAGCAAGUCGCUCUCAACGACGCACAGGCGCUGCACAUCAGCCAGCUGCAGGCGCGCUUGUGUGACUUGGCUGAGCCCGAGCCAAGUGUGAGCACCAUCGAUGCCUUCCCCCCAAACGCUGAGCCCGACCCCGGGGACGGUGAUGUGAUUGGGCCUGUAAUUGGAACACCUCUUGUCAGGGACAACAGGUGGUCGGGCGGCGUGCUGGCUGACAAUGGCCUCAUCUACGGUAUCCCAUUGCACGCCAAUGCACCUUUGAUCCUGGACCCUGAGACUGGUACAGUCGACAACCCUUUGAGCGACAGUGCCGUAUACAAGUGGAGCGGUGGGGUGCUGGGAAGCAACGGCCUCAUCUACGGGUUCCCUUUCUUCGAGCCGUCGGUGCUCGUCAUUGACCCAGCCACGAACGCGACAGGCACGAUUCCAUUGAACAUGUCCACAUCCUUCUCUGGCGAUGAGGGCGAUGGCAUGUGGCAGAGCGGCAUUCUGGCCUCCAACGGCCUGAUCUUCGCGAUCCCAGACAUUGCAGGUGCCGUUCUUGUAAUUGACCCCGCAACUAAUGCCACCGACAUGACGACCAUGGCCGGGCUUGAUGACGGCAGCUGGUUUGGUGCCGUGCAAGCGCCCAACGACCUCAUCUACUCGGUGCCUUCCACAGCGUCGUCCGUGCUCAUUAUCAACCCUUUCUCCAAGACCACUGAUACGACGAGCAUCGUGGUGCGAAGAAAUGGUGACACGGGAACAUGGGCAGGCACUGUGCUAGCUGAGAACGGCCUCAUCUAUGGCAUUCCCUCAACCGCCACAAAGGUGCUCGUGGUAAACCCUGGCACGAAGGAGAUGAACAUCAUCUCCAUUCCUGACGUCUCGACGGCAGCAAAGUGGCGUGGGGGCGUGCUCUCACCCACCGGGUUGAUCGUUGGCAUUCCACAGCACGCCUCGUCCGUGCUUCUUAUUGACCCUGCGCUGGACACCGUGGACACCACCACACUCAGUGGGCUUUCGAGUGGUUCCUUUUACUGGAGUGGUGGUGUGCUGGCAAACAACGGCCGCAUUUAUGGCAUCCCCACGCGCGCACGGACCAUCCUCGUCAUCCACCCACGGGGCCAGAUGUGCUGAAUGGCUGUGUGUGUGUGUGUGUGUGUGUGUGUGUGUGGUGGGACGAGUGGGUCGUCUACGAGAAUGUAGGCUACGGAUGGAGUGCUUGAGGUACGUAUGCGGUGGUGUGUACUUUGCUUUCGAUGGUGAGUCAAUCAAUACAGAACAACACAG